AACUUCACACUCAAUCAAUACUCAAGCAACUACACAACUUUUCAAACAAUCAAACACUCCAAUCAACUUCAUCAUAAUGGAUUUCGUCAAAGGCGCCCUCAAGAGCGGUUCAGGAAGCUCAGGAAGCACCGGUAACACCAACCAAGCUGCUGGCGGUGCCGGAAAGGAGGAUUAUGGUGAUAAGGCACUUGACUUCAUCGAGAAGAAGACCGGCCACACUAUGACCCGCGAUCAGAAUGAGAAGAUCACCGACGGUGCCAGAGGAUUGUAUGAGAAGCAGACUGGAUCCCAAGUCAACUCCAAGUUCUCCAACUAGAUUACGAUGUCUAUUAUGCACGAUGGGAGGCUAGGGCUGAUUGAUGUUAUACCACGGUUAUGAUUGGAUGGGGUUAGGGAAGGAAUGGAAUGGACUGGGUUAUGGGCCAUUACGAGAUUUAAUGAAUUGAUAUCAC